AUGUCGAAAUCGCGCGGCGCCGACGCGCCCAAGCAGCAAGAUGGCGGUGCGUCUCUCUCCAAAACCCUUUACAGUUUAUCUUUGCAGCCAUUACCACGUUCUGCUUCCCUCGCUGACGAUGCAUCAGACUCUUGCCCCGUAUGCAGGUCGUCGCGCUUCCUCAACUCCAACAUGCAGUUCAAGAUCAACCCGAUAUGCUACCACAAGAUGUGUGAUACCUGCGUAGAACGACUGUUUGGUAAGGGCAAUAGUAUAUGUCCUGUGGCAGGAUGCGCGAAGACACUUGCCUAUAGGAAUUUCCGGAGGGCAACUUUUGAGGAUCUGAAGGUGGAGCGAGAGGUGGAUCUCAGGAAAAAGGUCAUGAAGAUCAUGAACAAGACAGAAGACGACUUCGAGACGCUGAGAGACUAUAACGAUUACCUCGAGCAGGUCGAAGAGAUCAACUGGAACCUUAUUCUCAACACCGAUGUGGACGCGACCUGGGCGAAACUGAAGAAGUUCGAGGCACUUCAAAAAGCCGAACAAGACGCCGCUGCUCGCAAAGGUCCUGCACUCAAAGAUGAUAUUGACUCGGGUUUCGUGAUCCGUGGACUCAAGAAGCGCGUCGCGCCACCAGUAGAAGCACCCUUCGAUCCGUUCGGCGGCUACGACAUCGCACCACAAUACUACGCACUUCAGGACAACUACGAUGUUGACUGGUACGCACGCAUGAAGAGGGAUCCGGCACAUCUGGUGGGAGGACACAGCUUGCAAGACUACUGCAGUCGGACAUUACGCGAAGCUUUUGGUGGCUUGGCCGUCUUCGUCGAGGAUGAGAUUGCCGCGCGGGAGGCUCCUUCAAUGUCCAUGGACGCGGACAUUGGCACAGAGCACGCCGCGGCAGCAGCCAUGAACGGGAGGGACGCGAUCAUGGACGAUUUAUUCUAG